UCAAAGGAAUUUUGGAUGAGAAACAAAAAUCUGUUUGAAGAAGUCUGCAGGCCUGAUCUGUCAUACAGUUCACUUGUAUUAGACACACAAGGAAGAGUUUCUUCAUCCAAAAUAAAGAAAGGUAAGAGGAAAAAGGGCAAAAUGAGUCGCCCCAAAAAGCUCAAGACAUACAUUCCAGAGGACAGACAAGAAAUCUCUCCCAGUGACCUGCUGAAAACAAAUAAAAACAUCCUCCUCGUUGGGAAGCCUGGAAUUGGAAAGACAGCACUGAGUCAUGAAAUUUUAAAACUCUGGGCAGAAAGAGACAGCAGGGAGCUUGAAUACAUGUUUUACUUUGACAUGAGGGAAAGAUCUCUCGUCAGAGAUGGGAUGAGCUUGGAGGAACUUCUUUUCAGUGCAUACAGUGAACCAGAUGAAGACAAAGAAGAAGUCUUUCAGGACAUAAAGAAGUAUUCUGACAACGUUACAGUUGUUUUUGAUGGAAUCACAGAUCUCUCUUCUUCAGUGGUGCGUAGAAUUGUAGAGAAGGACCUCCUUCCUAAUGCCAAGGUCAUCAUAACCUGCAGACCAGAUGACGAAGACUUAUUUUCUGGAGACUUUGACAGAGUGGAAGUGAAAGGCUUCAGUGAGCAGACCAUUGAAAAAUACUUCUCUGCGAUGCUUGGCAUGGAACAGAAGAAGGUUCUCAGCAACCUGGAGUUGUUAACUCUUUGCCAUGUCCCGAUGUAUGCACUGAUGGUGGCGGUCUGUUUUUUAUAUGAGACACCAGAAGACUCACCACAGCCAUGCAGUAUGACUGAAAUAUACAUCAACAUUGUUCAUUUUUGUCUUCAAACAAGCAGCAACAAAAAACAUAAAAAUCUCAAUACCUUAAUCAAGCAGAAGAGUGCAGAUCUACUGACGUUGGCGGAGGCUGCUUUUCAUGCAACUGAAGAAAAAACUGUGAGCUUGACCGACCUGCACUGUGAAGACAGCUGUGUCCUUUCCUUCCUGAAACCACUUGUUAUCAAAGUGGCUCCCAUUGAGACAACAACAACAUACGCUUUUCUCCAUUACACAAUGCAGGAGUUCUUUGCAGCAAUGUGGCUCUUGAAGAAUCCAGAUAAGAUUAAGGAGGUUUUUCAGCAAUGCCUCACGGAGGAGAGGAAGCACAUGAAACAUAUGAUCCCUUUCAUGUGUAGAUUGUUGACUAAGAAGAGCCCAAGUUUGAUGGAGCAUCUGAUUCCAGCUCAGGAGUUAAAAAAGACAUCUAACUUGUUCUUUAAGGAAAUGAUAAGCACAUUUUUCUCUGGUCAGUGUAUGGAGGAAGAGGCUCAUACUGAGGACACUGGGCUUGAUGUGGGCAUACUGUUCUUAUGCCAAUGCUUGUUUGAGUCGCAGUGUCCUGACACAUGCACCAGCUUUCUGGAAAAACUGGAGUACCAACUUGAUCUCAGCAGUGAGAGUCUUGAUUCCUAUCUUUGCUGUGCUGUGGCCUAUGUGGUCUCUCAGUCAAAGGAGAGGAAAAUACAGCUGAACCUUGAAGAUGUUUCUGUAUCAGCACAAGGAAUGAGCUGUCUGUAUGGAUGCCUUUUCAAGGUCCAGUGGUGUGACCCUCUGCCCAAACAGCUGUGGGAAAUUGUUCUUCUAAGUGAAGAAAAGUUGAUUGACCUCAGGUUACUCGACCUUGAUGGAAAUCAGUUACACCUUCUCAAACAGCUGUUUGAAAGAGCAGCGUAUGUCAUACAGAAUAAUCCCAGGAAGAUAAAUGUCUGCCUUCACUGGGACAAUAGAGCAACUACUGCCUGCCAAAGUCUGUGUGGGUCCCUCCUGGAGGUUUUGUCAGACAUCAGGUCACUCAGCUUCAGGAUGGCCCACCAAGAUCCAGAACAAGAAGACCAGGAGCCAGGCCAUGGGACACUAGAGAGAAGGAAAAAGAAGCUGUUACUGGAUUUAUGCCUGCAAGCAGCACUUGACAAAGAAGAGAGCUUUCACCAUGUUGUGUCUCAGCUCGUCUCUUUGUUUUCUGUUGACAAACACUUGCAUAACUUUUUUGUUGAUUUGUAUCAACAUGUCAAGAGUGAAGGGUGUUUAAGUGUUAUUCCAAAACUGGGUCAACUUUUUGAGUCAGCUGCUGGUGUCUGGUCCAUAAACCUGUCAGAGAUCAACACCUCCAUCCUCCUGGAAGUGCUGAGACUCCGUCCAGAGAAGACUCCAGUGAAGCUGACGGGCUGUCCAGAUGAAGAGAGUGAAGUGAGGAGCUUCCUUCAAUGUCUGCCUCAUAUCUCACAGCUCAGCUUCAGGAUGACCCACCAAGAUCCAGAACAAGAAGACCAGGAGCCAGACCAUGGGACCCUAGAGAGAAGGAAAAAGAAGCUGUUACUGGAUUUAUGCCUGCAAGCAGCACUUGACAAAGAAGAGAGCUUUCACCAUGUUGUGUCUCAGCUCGUCUCUUUGUUUUCUGUUGACAAACACUUGCAUAACUUUUUUGUUGAUUUGUAUCAACAUGUCAAGAGUGAAGGGUGUUUAAGUGUUAUUCCAAAACUGGGUCAACUUUUUGAGUCAGCUGCUGAUGUCUGGUCCAUAAACCUGUCAGAGAUCAACACCUCCAUGCUCCUGGAAGUGCUGAAACUCAGAUCAGAGAAGACUCCAGUGAAGCUUACCGGCUGCUUUGAUGAAGAGAGUGAAGUGAGGAGCUUCCUUCAAUGUCUGCCUCAUAUCUCACAGCUCAGUUUCUCUGAGGGGGUUAAAAGAGGAGUCGAGUUGUGUGGACGUCUGUUCUGUGCAGCAGCAGAGAGAGAACAGCAGACAGGAGAGAACACAGUGCAGCUGUUAUCAUCAGUGUGCACAUAUGAAGCAUUCUCCUACCUUGACGAGCCGGAUUUCUUUCUGGAGCUGUACUCCCACAUGAAGGACUGUGAGACUAAAACAGGCUUGAGAGUUCUUCCAUCAUUACAGUCAGUUUUCCAGUCAGCUCCUGCUGUCUGGUACAUUGACCUCUCGAAGAGAAAGACCUCCAUCCUCCUGGAAGUGCUGAGACUCCGUCCAGAGAAGACUCCAGUGGAGCUGACGGGCUGUCCAGAUGAAGAGAGUGAAGUGAGGAGCUUCCUUCAGUGUCUGCCUCAUAUCUCACAGCUCAGCUUCAGGAUGACCCACCAAGAUCCAGAACAAGAAGACCAGGAGCCAGACCAUGGGACCCUAGAGAGAAGGAAAAAGAAGCUGUUACUGGAUUUAUGCCUGCAAGCAGCACUUGACAAAGAAGAGAGCUUUCACCAUGUUGUGUCUCAGCUCGUCUCUUUGUUUUCUGUUGACAAACACUUGCAUAACUUUUUUGUUGAUUUGUAUCAACAUGUCAAGAGUGAAGGGUGUUUAAGUGUUAUUCCAAAACUGGGUCAACUUUUUGAGUCAGCUGCUGGUGUCUGGUCCAUAAACCUGUCAGAGAUCAACACCUCCAUGCUCCUGGAAGUGCUGAGACUCAGAUCAGAGAAGACUCCAGUGGAGCUGACAGGCUGUCCAGAUGAAGAGAGUGAAGUGAGGAGCUUCCUUCAGUGUCUGCCUCAUAUCUCACAGCUCAGGUAAAUGAAUUACUCUUCACACCACAGUGUACACCUGUUAAGGUUUGCUCCUCCAUCUGAAUCCUCUCACUGUAAGAUUGAAUUAUCCAAUAACACAUGAUGAUGAAAUGUGUAACAUACUCCCAGAAAUCCUAAUUUAGCUGAACAACUGCUUUCUGAAGUUUUUAAAAAUAUAGAAUGAAACAGGUCCAAACUUGUGAUGGUCUAUUUCAGUCUUUGGAGCUAAUUGAUGAUGAAUUAUUUACCAGUAAAUAAACAGCUGCUGAAUUAGAGGUUUGAAAGAUAUUCAUUUUGAAGAGUGAACGAGAUGAUUCAAUAACAGCAUGAAAAACAAUCUGUAUUAACCAAUCAAAUCAAUAAAUGUACCACAUGAAG